AUGUAAUUUUUUUAUUUAAUAAAUCAAGACCAUGUAAACAUAUCGGGCUUAGGAAUCUCUUUUUUCUCACCACAAGACGCGCCAAAACACGUUUGAAACUGUCCGAGUUGACAGAUAAACACGAAACAUGGCGACUGGGGAUCUCACAAACAACAUUAGAAAACUUCAGAAAGAACUGAAGUCAAUGAAGUACCAGGAAACCCUGGACUUGAGUGGCUUGGCCCUGGGUAAGGCCUCUGCCUUGCUUCCUAUCUACCACUACGCCUUCACCACUUACAGCUGUGCCAUUGCUGAGCUGAUUGCUGGCACAGACACUGAGUUAUAUACCAAGACAGACCUACGCUUCAUGGAAGGAUGCUACAAGAUUUUGAGGGACUUGUUCCAUUACAAACCUCCUAUUACAAAGGAACAGUUUUUCAAUAGUGGUUUUGUUGAGAGGAAAAUCAUUAUGUGUACAGAAGUAAUGAAGUUAAUACAAAAGAAGAAUAAGUCUCUCCAGCCCCCCAGAAAGGCCCCCACCACUACAACAAGUAACCUGGCUCAAAUGAUAUCAACUAAGGCAAACAAACCCAAGGUGACAGAUUUGACUCAAGUCAGACCAGGUCAUCAGAGGUCAAGACCUAGAUCCUCCACAGACAGUCUGCAGAGAGAGGGCACACUGCACACUCAGAGUGUGGUGUCCCCGCGGUCACUCACAGAGAAUGACCAACCACAGGUUGUGAAUGAGUUACUGCAGCCGGUAGGAAAUAUUCCCAGGCAUGUGGCCCACCCACACCACAGGUCAGCUGAAUGUGAGCCGACCAGAGAAGCUGACUCCUCAUCGUCGUCCGAAGUCUCAGAUAUUGCCCUGGGGGAUUAUAAUCAGAGGUCUCCCCCUGUCCAUGUGGCCAGUGUGACCUCUCCUCCCAGGGUCACCAAGGAGGUGCUGCCCUCUGUUGGAGAUGUGAGGGGAUUUAACUGGGCAGUGGUGACUCCCAGCAUUGCUAAAACAAAAUCAACUUUGUCAAAUCGAAGUGAUUAUCCAGGUUCUCGGGUUUGUUUUGAUGAGGAGGAGGAUGAUGACGACGAAGGCGAUAAUGAUAUAGAGACUGUCAUGGCUGCCACUCCAGCACAUUCCAUUAUGGAACCUCCACAGAAUGGGGUUACAAUGGCAACAGUUCAAGCCUCACCUGGCCCUUCUUCAAACACUCAGUCUGCACAGACUGGUCAGCAAAUGUCAACUAAUGAGACUCACAUUCUUAAGGCAAUAGAGCAGCUAACCAAAUGUUUUGGGACAUUGGAAUCUGGCUUAACAAGGUCCAUUGAGUCACUUAAUGCUCGAAUGAUUCUUGUGGAGAAUAGAGUUUCCAUGAUGGAAAACAAGAUUGAGAUGGUUAUGACAAAUUCUCAAAGAACAGAACAGCCAGCACUCCAGUCUGUAAAUCCUGGCAGGGAAUAUCGGCAAGUGUCAACAGCUUCUGCUCCAAGAAAGAGAGAACCGGUGGUAGUGCCACAGAGAACAGUGACCAAUCAGGCAGCUAGUGCUCCAAGACAAAGAGAAUCGGCCCUAACAUCACAGACAUCAGCAACUAUCCAAGCAGAAAUUCCUAUGAAUGGAUCACACCAGUUGAAAGAUGAUAAGGAAUCUCAAAUAGCAGCAACAAAUAAAUACAGCAAGAAGUCUCCAGAGUUGAAGGGCCCUCCAUCACAAUCCGCACUGUACGACGAGUCGACCCUGGUCAUGUUCUCACCGAUCCGUCAUGUGGCAGGUUCCUCCAUCCAUCAACAGACACCUGAAUCCACUUUCUGUUCUACAAACAUCGAUCCUAACGACCCCCGACUCUCCAGUACCCCCGCCCGAGGUACAGCGGAGAUGGACACACAGCUAGUACUAGGGGAGUCCAUGAACCUCCAAAGCGGGGACAUGAGUACACAGGACCAAGUCAGCAGAAUAAAAAAUCUAUUCAAGUCAACAGAAAUAAUGUUGAAGCAGUGAUAUAAUGAAUAUUCACAUUAUUAUAGAUAUAUUAAUUUAUUUUGCAGUCCAUUGUCCUAUCUGUUUCACUAUGGACAAAUUAAUACCUCAAGUGUCAUACUUUCAUGUUAGAAUAAAUCAUGUUCAAAGAAGAGAA